GGAAUAAACAGCUGUACUACUGAUUUGUCUACUGAAAGAAGUUCAGUUUACUCCUGGAGGGAUGAUUGUGAUCCUUUCUGUAGCCUGGAGUAGUUGGGGCACUCAGCUGGAAGUGGACAGAUACGAUUUGGACCCUGAGUAUUACUACUUUUUUCAGUGUAUCAAAUUAUCUAACGGAGGUGUCAAACAUUAUUAUGAAUGGUGCCCCACCCAAGUAACCCGCAGCCAAGUACACGCAUUCACAUUCCUCUUCUUCUACUUCGUUGUUUCUGUAUGCCCCCGUGCUCUCCUUUCUGGUUGCACAGAGUUAUACCUUCGGUGAAGAGAUGUGGAAUGCCAUUUCUCACACUGAUGGCUACUUCAUGACCACCAGACCAUGUCAUGCAAAGAAUGAAGGAAUUUGAUAAAGCCAACACACAGAGAGUGCAUCAGUUAUUUUGGGAGAUUGAUGAAAUGCUGUUUGAAGGAAAAGUGACCUCCCAAACACAGAGCCUGCAGACAGAAUGUGCAGACUGGGCUGAACAAUUUCCUCACCUAAGGGUACUAGGAAAGCAACUCCUAUGGCCAAAGGAUGAAGGCUUUCAGCAUUUUCAGAGCAGAAGUGAUACCAGUGUGGACACUAAGUUUUUACCUGACCUUCAUGAAUGUACUAGUAGUAUAAAAGGGCUCUGCAUUUCAGGCUCUAAAUUGAUCCCAAUGGCAUCUCCAAUACAUAGAUCACUACAUUCAAGUUCCACUAGGAUUUCUGCCUCUGACAAAUCCACAUACUCAUUCCUGGAAGAAGAAAUCUAUGAUGUGGAUGGAGAAAUAGAAGAAUAUCUUGCCUUUGACAACAAGGAGCUUGAUGAUGAGACUUUGGAACAAAAGAAAGUGCAUAUUGCUGAGAAGAGGAGUAAGCGUGGCAUUCCCCCUGUUUCUCCCCAUGCCUGUAUCAAAGAUGCUGUGGCUUCUGAAGUGUUUGAUCAUAUCUGGAGUAAUGUAAUUGGAAUAUUGGAGGAAUUGAUUAAAAAGAAUUGGGAAACUAAUGUCACAGAGCGUGGCAAACAGGUGGAAGAUCUGAAAGCUGUUACAGCAAAACUGCCACGUUUGCCAGUUGUUCCUAUUACAGCAGAUGUUGGGAGCACUCCACUGUCCAGAGGCUCUGAAGCGCGAAGUGUCUCCUUUGGGUCUCAUUUUGUUUCCUCACAGGUUCACCGUUUCUCCAGCAGCUUCUGUAGUGAUUUGAAUGGUGUGAUGACAAUUCAAGCAAAACCACUCCAACAGAGGCAUAGUGCCACAGUAGAGAAAAUACAGAAUGAGCAAGAUGAUAAGCAGCGUAACAUUGGCUCCAGUGCUCCAAAUUCAGUGCACGCUAAGCUGGGGAGAAUUGCUGACAACAGUGUUCUCUCAUCAUCUCGGGUACUGCUGAUGUCUUCUAGGAAGCUACCAAGCCAUUGUAGGUUACCUUCUCUCACUUCUGACCAACUCUCCUCAAAAGCUCCUAAUAUGUACAAUGAUGAAGUCCUUAGGGGGACUAAAUUGAGUGCCAGCUUGGAUCGUUUAUCUUCCACUCGUGCACCUACAACCCGGAACAAAUUACCUCCAAUAAACUCAGAGGUUGUUGAACGGUAUCUUUCAGGACCUGGACUGCAACAGAGCUCUCAGCGAGGGCAAUAUGCUUACAGCAGAGUAUCAAGUGCAGUGCCCGGCACUACAGAGCAACGGCCACUCCGAGAAAAAACUGUUGUUAAACGUCAAUUUUCGAGGCCCAACACAACUCAUACAUUCAGGGUACGUUACAAUACAGACACACCUCAGAAGAGUUCUCUGACUCCCAUGGAUUUUGCUAACCACAGAGGAACAGGUCAAGGAUUUUUAAUAGGUUCACAGCAUCACUACAGAUCCUUUCAGAGAAAUCCUCCAACCUUAAGAAAGAGAUUUCAGAUUGCUUCUUAAGCCUGUUUAGGAAGAAAUGGAAAUCACCUACACUGAUGGGAACACUGGAGCACUAAAUUUGCCAGCUGAUAUCUUGUGUAACAGAGAACUGGUUUCUGCUGAGCCUUGCAAUCCUCAGGAUGCCUGCAUUGCCUUCUUUUAAAGUUGUCUGACCAGAGGUUAGAGUAAAAAUUAGAGCAAAAUCUGCACUGUUUGCAGCAUCAAGCUGCCACUGCUGCACUUUUUGUUUCUCAGGCAUUCCUCCUUUCCUUAGGGAAUUAUUGUUCUACCUGUAGAAGUAAAUAAGUUAUGUUUAGGCCAUGAAGUGCUGUUCCCACUUUCUUGUGCUUUCUCAGUGUUAAAGAUGUCUAUCCAGACAUCAGUCAUAUAUAAAAUUUAUACUUUAAACAGGAGUUUGUGGUGUCUCCUCUUUAACUGCUGUUUUAACAUUUCUCCAUUUUUCAGUCUGGUUAUUGUUCUCUUCUAAAUACUGUCUGUUGCUACUUUUUUCUUCUUCCUUUGAAUUCCACCUGAAAAGAAUUAUACAUUGCUUCUGUUUACUAUUUGGAUGUUAGUAACUGUGGGAAUUGCUGAGAUAAACUUUGUUUACAGGAAGCUGUAUUUUCCCUGCCAGGCCAAACAUUGUUAUAGAUGCUGAGCAGCUGAAUCUGCAUGUUGACAAGUUGGCAAGGUUAUUCCCACUUGUUGAGAUUUCUUUUAAAAUAUUGCCUGGUAUUAUACAAAUGAAUUAUAUUUUGAAAUAUGCAAGCCUGGAAAUAUGUACUUAACUGAUGAAAGCACUUUUUCAUACCUCUUUGUGUUGACUCAAGUAGGAAGAUCAAAGAGGAGACUGAGACUGCAUUCUGCCCAGAGUUCACAGCCCGGCUAUUAGUACUGUGUAUGUUCACAGUCAGAGAUUCAUCCUUUCAUCAGAGAACCAGCAGUUCAAGUAGAUGUGGUUGAAAAGCUAUUGAAAGGGAAAAGGGAGAGGAGAAAAAUGGAAUUAGUUGUCCAAAUUGUACAAUUAAGGAUAGAAUCAGUUCCUUCUACUUGAGAUCUAACACCAGUUCUCCUCACUUCAUUAUGAACGUUCAAGAAUUGGUAAUCCAUGCAAAGCAUUUGUAACGCAUACUUGAUAUCUGCACUGUUGAUCAGAUUUCUGUUUUUUGU